AUGGCGGACACCGAUAGCGAAAAGAAAAGCCAGUGCAGACAGUUAUGCCCGAUAAAGAUUCCGUUGAUGAGCCCUCUUAGAGACAUGAUAGUUAGGGAGGUUGGGGAUAAGGCUUCAACUGUCAUCGAUGUUAUUGAAGGCAUUGUGCCCACUGUAUCCCCUGAGAGCAUGUACAGCGAACUAGUAGAGGCAUUGAUUCCAGUGAUAGACCAGAGAGCCAAGGGAUUGGUAGGAAAGGUCAUGGCAUACAAGAGAAAGACCUGCAGGGAUGGAGAUGAAUGUAGGACGAAGAACUGCAUUUUUCUGCAUGGAUGGGACAGAAGAGGCGGGGAAGGUGCAUCUGGGAAUUCAGGACUGAAAGGAAAGGAAGAGGGUGUGGACAUUGUUGAGACUGCCCCAAAGAGAAGGAAGAUAACAGAGUCCAAUGAAAACAAUGAGGUAGUAUUCAAUAAGGUAAAUGAAUCAAGGCAUAAUCCAGAAGAUCUUAAGACCUAUGCAGCAAGAUUUGGGAGGAUUACUAACUUCAAGAGACUUAACCCUGAGAAAUACCUCGUUGUUUUUGAGGAUCCAGAGUCUGCCAACGAGCUAGUGAAAUCAUCUGAGCUUGUACUAGAGGAUCCUGGGAUCAAGAAAUUCUACAACGUCAUAGAUAACCUUGUCAAGGUUGAGCUUAGAAAAUUGUUUGAGGAGCAGGAGAUUAUUAUAGAUAAAAUGUCUACUGACUUUUCUGCAGCACUACUUGGGCAUCUCAGAAAUAUAAACAUCAGAAUAAGGGCUCUGGUUCUGAAGGAUAAGUCCAAGGAUGGUAGCGGGGUAGACAACAAAAGAGGGUUUGACCAAGAGAACAGCCUUUACUAUAAUUGCUUUUGA